AUGGUUCCUAUUAUCAAGAGCAUCAACUAUGUGAUAAAGUGUCCGUAUUUGAAUGGUACAUUCGUGCUGCAUCCGGAAACAGCAUCCCGCAAUCGCUUCUCUACCGUUUCGUUCUCCUUUACGGUGCACAGACCACUGCACAUUCUCACUCUACGAAUCGCAGCCGCGAUCCCAAGGCGAGGCACGCAACUGUACCCGAUUUACAACACGACGCUUUCCUUCUGUGACUUUCUUAGUCACCCCGAAAAGUAUCGGUUGGUUAAGAUUGUGUAUAAUGAAGUGCGCCGUUACGGUUCCGUGCCGAAUCGAUGUCCCAUCAACCCGGCCACCUAUGCCUACAACAACAUAACGUUAAAGCAAAUCGAUUUUCCGUCCUUCCUACCGGAGUCCGAGUAUGUGCUAGAUAUGUCGGGUCUUUUUGGAACAAAGAUGGAGCAUUGCGUAGAGAUACGCGUCAACGGUACAUUGAAGAAGUUCAACACAUCCUAA